GGAAGCUUUGUAUACACCAGCCUCGUUUUAGUACUUAACUGGAAAAUCGUCUGCCAGCAGUCCGGUGACACAAGUUCGUGGUUCAAGCAAGUCUUCUGGCGCGACCGUUUGGCGUAGCGACAAGCCCUUGCUUUGCCGAUCCGACUUCUGAUUGGUCCGACACUUCACGGCGUGACUGCUGAUUGGUCGUUCACUUGUGUGACGUAAUCGCAGAGGCCUGCGAGCAGGGAAUUCCGACCGUUGGUGUGUGCAAUUGUCUCCACUGAAGGUUGUUGUUACAGUCAUGACGUAAGAAGUUCACACACGCUGCCGGUGCCAGGCCACGUGCUGAGGUCAGCCUCCAUCCAGAGUCCUGCUUGUCACGCUGCGGCAGUGAUGACAAUGGCGACGGAGUUGGCGAGAUGUCGGUCUGCAAGGCGAGACUGUAGAAUGUUCUGGAGUGUCAAAAUGUUGUUGGCCAUCGUGUGGUGCUGUCUGCAGUUCUCGGGGUUCGCUGGAUGCGACAUCGUGUGUGUGGCGGACCAGGACAGGGCGGAGGUGUGUCGCUGUCCUCUGUACGGACAAAUACAUUUUGAGUGUGUGGAGAAAAACCUGACGAGGAUACCGACUGGUCUUCCAGCCACACUCACGCAUCUGGACCUCAGCUACAACCACAUCACCACCGUCAAAAAGGGCGACUUCUCCGGCCUGGAAGGUCUCCAGAUAUUACGUCUGCGGCGAAACAAAAUUUCAAGCAUCGACAGAGGUGUGUUUGAGAACUUGUACAGCCUGCAGGAGAUAGACCUCUCAGGCAACCAACUUGUUCACAUUCUGAGCGCGUGGUUCCAGCACUUGCCGUCCAUUAAACUGAUAAAUGUUUCAAACAAUCAGAUACGUAUCAUCGAGAAGAAGGCUUUCCUGACCUUACCAGCCUCUCAAUACCCAGUCACUGUAGACCUGGAGGGUAAUGACAUCGCCUGCAACUGCAACAUCCGGGCAUUAAAAAAGUGGAUCGCGAAUAUUCCGAAAGAUGUUUCCAGCGUUAGUCUUGUUAAUCUACAAUGUAGCAACAGAAAAAAGGACCUCAAAGAUAUGACUGAUUCCGAUUUCCCCAACUGUGUCGGCUCGGAACUGUCAGUGUCAGAAUCAAGAGGCAGAUGCUCGACAUGCUCCGCUGCCUCCACGCAUUCCUCCUGUGACGUCACGCUAAGCUCGUGCGAUGCUCGUGAGCCCUGGUGUUUCAGCAGCGUUACCUAUAGCAACGGGUCUCUGAGCAUACAGAAGGGCUGCACCAACAUGCGGGACUGCUUGAAGGCCGAGCGCAACAACAGUCGCUGGUGUAGCACAUCCGGGUCACAAGGUCGAGGCUACAUGAAGUGUGUCUUCUGCUGUUCCGGCGACCUCUGUAACCAUGACGACCAGGCAGGCCGGACUCGGUCUCUCGUGUCCUUCCUCACCCUGUUGCUGAGCAAACCCUUCCAGCGAUACAUGAUGGAGUCCUUCUCCACACAGAGGAAUAUCGAGAAGGCUUUCUGGACAGAGCAGGUCAGUAAACUGCUGGAAAACCUCCCAGGAAUCCCCGUGAUAAACACCGAGGUUGACUUCCUGUCGUUCAGUAACGAGUCGUCAAAGCUGCGGGUUGAUUUCCUGUUGCGUCAGACGUUCGUGAGUGACGUCAACUCCAGCACCGUUUUAACUGCCGUCUUCAGGAAGGUUCAGGCCAGUGACGUCACGGGCUUCUUGAAAAACCAGAGUCUGUCCCGCAUUUACGUGGGUUCGGAGCUCAAUUCUUCGGUUCUGUGUCCGGCGGAAAUCAACUCGUUUUUGGGUCACGAGUUGCUGUGGCCAGAGACAGACCAGGACGUCACCGUCCGCCUCCCCUGCAAUUCCCCGGAUGAAGAUUCUUCCGCAAACAGCUUCGCUACACGGAGAUGUGUGAUGGGAAACUACGGCAUUGCCAGAUGGGGUGAGCUCCAGCUUCAGAACUGUAGGAUGAUCAGGCCAGGAGAACUGAGAAAACUGGAGAAUGUGAAGAUCAACUCAGACACGGUCCAUGGCCUGCUGGAGCAGCUGGAUGAGGUCACGAGAGGUCAGGGGAACAUGACGUCACAGGAGCUGGUGCUGGUGGUGAACACACUGGAGAACAGCCUGGCGGAGGGCAGCGCCCUGACGGUCAACACCAGCGUUCAGGCUGUGGUCAACGUCCUCAGCACUCUCCUCACGGUGGAUGAGUCGCAGCUGCAGCUUGCCCAGGAGGAAUCCAAAAUUCCCGAAAGGAUCCUGAAGGCCGUGGAGGAGAUCGGUGCCAGCGCGCCCCUGACGGACGGGUCACUAAAGGUCACGACCCCUAACCUGAUCGUCCUGGCAACGCUCGCUGAGCCUGCAAUGUUCCCUGGCCUCGCUCUGGUGGCAGAGAGAGAUUCCGACAAUCAGUUUCAAGACGACAAGGUGUUUCUGACAGACAGCACCGUGUCUACACCUCAGUCGACUAACAAGGUCUACCUCCCGCCUAGUCUGCUGAGUUCCGUGAACAGCACUAGCCGCAUAGCACUGUCACUCUUCAGCUCUCCAGUCCUGUUCCAGGCAGUGGAAAAGAGCGGGAAGCAUGACAACAUGUCGAGCUGGACAUCCAACGCUCACAUCAACAGUAUUGUCAUGGCCGCGAGCGUUGUCAACACCUCCAUAACGGACUUGACUGAGCCGUUACACCUCACCUUCACUCACAUCAACAAUUGGUCGGGUAACCGGAACUGCGUGUUCUGGCAAGCAGACGACAAGAGCGGGGAGUGGUCAUCGAGGGGCUGCAAAGUCCUCACGGAUCUCAGCUCCGACAACUACACCACCUGCGCCUGCGACCACAUGACCAACUUCGCGCUGCUGAUGGAUGUUUACAGCACCGGAAGUCAUCUGAGUGCAGCCGAUAAGAAGGCCUUGUCUGUCAUUUCCUACGCUGGCUGUGGGAUUUCUCUGCUGGCACUCACUCUCACCUUGCUGACCUACCUUCUGUUCCGUCCCUUGGCGUCACGAGGCGGCAGCAGUGAGUCGGGGUCAGAGGGCGACUACAGCGGGAAGCUGAGGCGAGACAACCCAUCCCGGAUCCUGAUCAACCUGUGUGCAGCCCUGCUGCUGUCCAACCUGGUGUUUGUGGCGGGUAUGCAGGACUACACUUACAGCAACGAGGUGGCCUGUAAAGCGGUGGCAGCCAUUCUGCACUUCGCGUUGCUGGCUGGGAUUUGCUGGAUGGCCGUGGAGGCCUUCUACAUGUACCUGGCCCUCGUCCGCGUCUUCAAGACCUACUUCACCUGCUUUCUGCUCAAGUGCUGCCUCGUCGGAUGGGGCAUCCCUCUGGUCAUCGUGAUGCUAACACUGAUCGUGAACAAGUCCGACAACUACGCCCGACUAGACAGUGGCAUUUGCUGGCUCCAGGGUAUCGCCUUCCAUGUGGCCUUCGUGGCCCCCGUGUGUGUCGUCAUGGCCAUCAACUUCACGGCCUUUGCCCUCGUCGUCUGGCAGCUGAUGGGUGUGGCCCAACGAGCUCUGACCAAGUCCGACUCCUUCUCCACGAUCCAGCGCUUGCGUGGUGCGGUGGGUGUGGUCAUCCUGCUGGGCCUCACCUGGAUCUUCGCCAUCUUUGCCAUCGACCUGGCCAGCGUUCCCUUCUACUACCUGUUCGCCAUUUUCAAUUCCCUGCAGGGAUUGUUCAUUUUCGUCUUCUACUGCGUCCUCAAGCGCGACGCCAGACAGGCGUGGAAACGGAAGCUGCCUUGCUUACCGGAAGAGGAAGAGUCCGUUUCUAGCAGGGGUGAAAAAACGAAAGCUGGCUACACUGCAGUUAAGUUACUUACCCGCGAGCUUGCUGAUAAUGUUGUGCUUGGCGCUGAUGUUGCAGCAGCACAGACGGGGACAAGCAGUAGGAGCUAUAGCAGGGAUGCCGUCGCCACCACCUACGUCAACUCUACGUCCUCCGCCAAAGACAGCGACAGAGACGCGAAGAUUACAUCACGGGCAAAAAAUGAGAGCACAAGCUCUUUGCUUGAGGAGAAUUCGGACGAGGCAUCACAUGAAAAGGACAGAAAUGUCUCCCGAAGAAAACUGGAGGAAGCCUCUAAUGCAGCGUCGGUGCCGCCAACGAAAGGAGCGCACUCUCUAUCUGGUACAGAGGAAAAACGUGAACUCACUGCUGUGUCACCGAUCCACAGAAGCCCUGGCGGAAGCAACAGCACUCACAUAUGUGGGAACACGCUGACGGACAAGGAAAAGGAUACUAGUGACAGGACUGCAACGUGUACUGGAAGUAUCGUCUCUCACCCGGACCAGACGCCCGAAAGGGAAUGUUCAAGAUUGUGAAUCACACUCACAAAAAAAAAAUAGUUUACACGACGUGCAAUCCUGUUCGCAGCGUAUCUAGCCAAACGUGAAAACAAGUUUCUGUAUUGCAGCAUUGACAGUCUCACAAUACAGAUGCCAGUGUCGUACUUAAGUAUGAUCCACACAUCUGUUGGACGCAAGCGAAAAGUUGGGGUUUCUUCUUUUCUUUUUGAAGAAAAAAAGUCAUGAUGUUCAAUUCUGCACGACCAUUCAAGAAACACUGUAAAGACUGCAGCCUUUGAAAACGAUGUGCUCUUACUCGUUUGAAUAUUACACUGUGCGUUGAACAAACUUCUUUCAAAACGAUUUGUUACCCUCUGUGCUAAGGUUUUCAAAUACACAACCGGAUCGACAACGUGUAAAUGGGAAGCACGCACAGUACUGCGUUUUUUUAAUGCGAAGGAAGAUGAGAGCAAUGGGAGACAUCUUUGACAGGGGCGACUACUCGGCCACACAGACCAAACAGUUGUCUGCCCCUGUCAGACAUUACACUUCUCUGUAGAUCUCGAUUGAUCAGAGACCAUGAGUUAAACUUGAAUGCAGUGGCAAUGUUUAAUAUACCUUUGACAUUAUUACAUUUAUAUUAUUUUACUCUCAUGUUCGCAAUCCAAAUUUUAGAUCAAAGUCUCAUGUGUGUCCUUACAGUAUUCAAUUGUUUCUCACUGGGCGAGAUUUUUAAGCCUCUACCUUGAAAGAAAUAAAGUUCUGAACAUUGGCAGCGGCAAAGCAGAGAUCUGCAAUAACAGGGCACAGCUCCAAGAGGUCAGCAGCUUCGAGUUCUUGGGACCCGCCCUCUCCAAGGGUGGCAGCUCCACGCCAGGUGUCAUCAGGAUAGCAACAGCGGCGAUGGCUAGACUGGAUGUGAUCUUGAAUAGCCAUAAGAUAAGGUUCAUUACCAAGUACAAGCUGUACAAAUCCCUGGUAGUGCCGAUCCUGCUCUACGGAUGUGACACGUGGACCCUGCUCGCCGAGACGGAAAGGAGAAUCCAGAGGAGGCUGCACCGCAUCUCAUUCGAAGAACAUAGAACCAGCCACUUUGUACGAAACAAGGUGGCCACACUCGUAGGACACCGGGAUCCUCUACUAGCAACAAUCAAGCAACGUAAGCUGCUCUUCGGCUAUGUGACCCGGCACGACACCUUGUCGAGGGUAUAGUCGACACCGCGGUGGCCAUAUAGAGGAAUAAAUAGCUUACGUACGUCAAAGACUGGACUGGUCGUCCUGUACAGGACCUGCUGACUAUCGCCCAAGUGGCAGGCCCUGUCAGCUGCCUCGUCUAUCAAUGUGCUCCCACCCCCUCACCUAGCGACAGGUGCCGGUCAAGGGACGACUGAUCUUUAUUUUUUUGUUAAAUAAAAACUAUAGGGACCGACUAUUUAGAUCGUUACUGCAAGGCAUAAUAUGACAUCUUUCACUGUAUUCUGAUCUUUACAUCACGGAUACUCUUUAACUAAUGUCUUUGAAUCAUAUGCUCCCAUUGUCAUAAUGGUGCAACAUUGUACUCUGAUGCAUGGUAGAGUUGUUGCAACAACUAAAACCACUGCUGUUUUUCCUCCUGCUACUAUGCAGUCUGGCAGGGAAAAGAAAAUUGUGUGAACUGUCACCAAGUCUGUGUAGAGCAUUUGGAUUGUGCCUCUAGCACUAUGGCACCUACAUACAGAUGCGGACUAGCUGCUGACUCAGGCAUAAACAUCGGCAAUAGCAACAAAGCAAGCUGCUGUUUUUUAACCAGCUGAUGCCAGACCAAAUAUUGCUUUGGGAGGCCUAUGGAUACUUUGAGGCUAGUGAUGUAUGUGGUGCGAGGAAGUUAUGAUUUAACAUAGCUAAUAACUAGUUGCAACUCACAACCCUAAUGCUGAUUCCAUUCAUUUUAAUUGUAUGCUAUGGCAUCUAUAUGCUUACCAGAGCACAAUUGUAGUCUGCUGAUUCUACCAGUGAUAACUAUUUCCACUUCCUAAUGUGCCAACAAAACUACCACCACAAUCAUCAUAACUGCUACCUUGAUGAUAGUGGAUUCUGCUGUCUUAGUUCUUUCAUCUACAACAAUUGGCAGAUGUAUUUUCAUUUUAAAUAUACUUUGAAAGUGAGUAAAUGUAACAUUAUGGUGAUAGGUGUGUAUGUGUAUGCAUAAUGCUAUCUUUUAUUUGUGCAUGAGUGUUUUUAUAUCAGUAGUUUGAUUAGGAGCUUAACAGUGAACAACUGCUUGUCCUUCAAUCAUAAAUUCAUGACACAUCUUAAAAAUACCCACUCGCUCUCACGCACCCACACACAUGUAUAUAGACUGAUAAACAGUGAUAUCUGUCAUGUGUGGGAUGCAUAAACAGGAUCUGUGGAUGGCUCAGAUUUUUAUGUUUAGCAAGGACUGAAAAUGAAACAACAGGUGAACCACUAAGAGCAACAUGAAACAAAUACAAUUUUUUCUACCUUUUUCUUAUGUUCAUUCAUUAAAGUUCUUUUUAAGGUAGAUGUGUCGGCUAUAAUAGUCCUGGAAUGAGGACGCACGAAGUGUCGUGUAACGAAACAACUUGGUAAGGUAACAACAGUUCAUGCACAUGUUUGGGUCACUGCAUUACUCUGUCACAUUUAAUCAGGUACAGUUAACAUGUUCAGAGACAGUACCUGAUUUAAUGAAUAAUAUUAAUGUGACAUAGUGCAUAAAUAUAGUGCAGAGUCAUGU